GCGCCAGGCGGCCAGGCUGAGGCAGUGCGUGGGCCAGUCGUUGCUGAGAGGCCGGUACCGCGGGGUGAGCUGUCAGGCCCGGCGCCGCUACUCGGUGACCGGCUGCAGGAGCAGGACAGCCGCCCCGGGAGGCCUGAGGCCUACACGGCAGCUGUGGCUGCACAGAGCGGGGCUGCAGGGCCCCGCGGCCUCGGCCAGGAGAUGGUACAGUUUGCCCCGCACCAGCUGGUGCCAUUGCCAGCUCUGUCGCCCACAAUGCAGAUGGGGACUAUAGCUCGGUGGGAGAAGGAGGAAGGAGAAAAGAUAAAUGAGGGAGACUUGAUAGCUGAGGUGGAAACUGACAAAGCAACAGUUGGCUUUGAGUGUCUGGAGGAAUGCUACAUGGCAAAAAUCCUGAUACCAGCAGGGACUCGGGAUGUGCCCCUUGGUACAGUUAUCUGCAUCACAGUUGAAAAGCCUGAGCACAUCGCAGCUUUUCAGGAUUACACUGCCAGCGAUGCUGCAGCCGCAGUCUCUGCCCCCUCAGCAGGGCCCACCCCCCCGAGUACUCCUCCCCCCACAGCCAAGCCUCCAGGCAGUUCCUACCCUAGUCACCUGAAGAUUACUCUACCCGCGCUCUCUCCCACAAUGACGGUGGGCACUGUCCAACGCUGGGAGAAGAAAGUUGGGGAGAAGUUGAAAGAAGGCGACUUGCUGGCAGAGAUAGAAACCGACAAAGCAACAAUAGGUUUUGAAGUACAAGAGGAAGGCUAUUUGGCCAAGAUCCUGAUAGCUGAGGGGACGAGGGAUGUCCCUCUGGGAACGCCGCUGUGCAUCAUCGUAGAGAAGAAAUCCGAUAUCUCGACGUUCGCUGAUUAUGUGGAAACUGGAGUUGCUGAUAUCGUGCCACAAUCACCAUCUCCAGCUACAAUUGCCUCUCCGACACCUCAACCUAUCACAGCUCCGGCUGCCCUUUCUCCAGCUGCAGCCGCCCUCCCAGCCAGGCAUGCCUCUGCUGUGGAUUCCCAAGGCCGGAUGUUUGCCAGUCCGCUGGCCAAGAAACUGGCAGCUGAAAAGGGCAUCGACCUCAAACAAGUCAAAGGUACUGGGCCCGAUGGUCAAAUCAGGAGGAAAGACAUUGAAUCUUUUGUGCCUCCGAAGAUAUCACCAACCCCAGUAGUUGCAGCCCCUCUACCUCUGAUGGCAGCACUGCCGCCUGGCACCUUCACAGAUGUCCCCAUUAGCAACAUACGAAAGGUUAUAGCUCAGCGGCUUGUGCUGUCUAAGCAGACGAUCCCUCACUAUUACCUGUCUGUGGAUAUCAACAUGGACAAAGUCUUGGAGCUCAGAAAGGAACUGAAUGAGGAGGACAAAUCGAAAAGCAUUAAGCUGUCAGUGAACGAUUUUCUCAUUAAGGCAUCAGCUUUGUCGUGCUUAAAAGUACCUGAAGCAAAUUCCUCAUGGUUGGACACCAUCAUCAGGCAAAACCAUGUUGUGGACGUCAGUGUAGCUGUGAGCACCGCAAGUGGUCUCAUUACUCCCAUUGUGUUUAACGCACACAAUAAAGGACUGGUUGCCAUCAGUAAAGAUGUGGCAACUCUAGCUGCAAAAGCUCGAGAAGGGAAACUGAAGCCUCACGAAUUCCAGGGUGGCACUUUUACAAUUUCGAACCUGGGAAUGUUUGGCAUAAAGAAUUUCUCGGCAAUCAUAAACCCUCCGCAGGCUUGCAUUCUCGCCGUUGGUGGUUCUGACAAGAGGCUGCUUCCUGCGGAAAAUGAGAGAGGGUUUGACGUUGCCAACAUGAUGUCAGUGACUCUGAGCUGUGACCACCGGGUUGUGGACGGAGCGGUUGGUGCCCAGUGGCUGGCAGAGUUCAAGAAGUUCCUUGAAAAGCCAACAACCAUGAUAUUAUAAAUCAAGGAGAAGCAACAUCUCUCUUGAGUGUCAACAUUUCUCUCCCCCCCCCCCCCCCCCACCGGAAGGCGGAUUCUAUUUAUGUAUAAACUCUGAUGUCUGCAUGAAAUCUUUAUACUUUUUUCCUGUCAAUCACCAUGUAUAUUCUGAGUAUUCAAUUAAGCAACAGUGAAAAGCAGGUCUACGGUUGCACUAGAAUCCACAGCAAUUUAGGGGGCGGAAACUUUGUUUAUUCAAUCCAAUGCCACCACGGUAAUGGUUCUCAAUACAUCAAUCUUGUCUCCCUAGUCUUGUACCCAAACUGGCCUCCUAGUGAGAUGUCAUUGCAAUCCUCUACACUCCUUAUUUCUGCAUUUGCUUUAUUAAAAUACCUGCAAAUCCAGGAAACGUUAAACCAGCAAAUGUUUGUUUGCAAUCCCGUUUAUUGUUUUUUUUAAACAGGAAUUUUUUUGAAAAAGGAAAACUUUCAAUUCUAGAGUUUUGAAUGUGGUAGUACACACUGAGUAAUUCUUCCAUUGAUGUUGGGUACAUUUUACAUUUCACCAGUUUAACUGCACCAUUUUCCAACUCAGUAUUGAUGUGAGCUUACACCAGCUUCCAGAAAGGCUGAAACAAUUGUGAAACAAGUGGUAGAUACUGAUUUCAGCGUUUACAUCAGAUUGUUGUUGUAUUGGACUGGAAUACAACAACUUGCACUUGUAUAGUGCUCUCCACGCAGGAUAGCGUCUCAGAUUAAUAUCACGUUUGAUAUCUCACCCACCUGUCCUAUGGGUUUGAGGAUGAAUGUUCAGAAUGGGUUUUAAUCCAGAGUUUUCUAUCUUUUUCCCAUUUUUAAGAUGCAGUUUGUUUAUCCCAAAAUUUGGCGUCAAAAGGGACCAGAGUCAGUUACUUAAUUUCUCAGUAGACCAAUUCGACAUUGAUUUUAGACCGUCCUUCACUCUGGCUUUUCUUGUGAUGUUAUUCUAAUCGGAGACUAAAGUCUCGUGCAAUUGUUGAGAGCCUUUGAUAUCUUUUCUCUCCAACAUCGUUCAUUUAGAUGGCGAGGUUUAACCCAUUGGAAGUAUCUGAUUACUUCAGUGAUGGCAUGCAAUUCAUUCCUGGUCAUUCACGGUGAGAUCAUUUGAUCUGCCCUUUUCUUAAUGUGUGUAAGCUGUUUAUUGCUCUUCCUGCGUGCACUCAGAUGUGAGAUCAGAAAGGGAUCUGCAGACCUCGAGCAAGAGAAAUAAGGUUCAAAAGCAGGAUUUUAAUGGGUAACGGAUGAUAAUAGUAUUUGUCCUGGUCUCUGUCCAAGGCUUUGAGUUCACUGUGGCAUAAUUUUAAUGGUCAGCAAGUCUUUAACCAACACCAUCUUUUUCCCCCUCAAACCCACACACACACACACACUCAUCCCACACACACGCACGCAUACAAUGAAUGUUGCUUCGAAGACUUAACACUUUAAGCAAAUUUUAAACAUGAAAAGUAAUUAUACAUGGCCACAAGCUAUUCUAAAGCUAGUUAUUUGUUUUCCUUGUGCAAUCUAAUUGUUUUGGUCAUUGUCGAUUGGAUUUACUGUCCACCACAAACGCCACUUGUUUAAAGCUUUUUUUUAUUAUUUCAUCAAAUGUUAAAAUGACAAGCAGUCACUUACAUAAACUAAAUCCAACCUAGAAUCCUACAGAACUGGGCAUGUAGUGUGUAAUGGCGAUUGUGUCAGUAAUAUAGCUUUAUAUUCCUGCUAGAUAUUAACCCUGACUUUAUUUUUCAUACUAUUGUCUGUGCCAUUGGUUGUGGUGCGUGAUCAAAUUUCACUGCUGUCCUGAAUUAGUGCACUACAUACAAAGGGGCAUUAACCACAAAUACAUGGACACUGGUUGAUUUAGUCAGAAUCAUCUUGAUUCUCAAUUGCAAUGGCCUCACUUGGUACUAUUUAACUUUAGCUUUUGGGAUGCCUGAUAAUGCCAACUAGAGAAACUAAAGCUUUUCCCCCCCCCCGCCACUGCCUUGUGUCCUGUACAGUUUUUUAAAGUGCCAUAAACUACGUUUGUUGGCCAUUAUGACCCCUGUAUGACGAUAUGGCUAUUUUCCCAAUACGCUAUAUUGGGACAAUAUUCUCCGUUAUUUCUGUGACUCACUUCAUUUCUGUAUUGAAUUGAUUUACACAGUGUGUACUGAAACUCCGGGCUUUUGAAGCCCGUUCCUCAUGAAUCUAAAGUAAGGCCAGAUCUCUCGCUAUCUUUGUGAUUUCUUAUCCCAGGUUUAUGCCCCUCUUCAGUUGAACUUUUUUGUUCGACCUGUGACUCGAAAGGAAAAACCUGACCAUUGCUUCAGUAAAUUGCCACGUUUGCUGCAAAAGUUUUUAUUUUUAAAUUAUUAACCUGGAUUUAUACCAUUGCCUGCUGUUCAUCGGGGGAGGGAAUUCAAACGCACAAACUGGCGGUAAGGUAUAUGUAAUCUCCACGGGAAAGAUGUUAAGAUAUUGUAUGUGCAAUGUUACUUGUAGCUAACUUCUACCAAGAUCUGCCAUUCUGGUUGUGUGGGUAAUUUGGCACUUUUCCAAUUCAUGCUAGAUUCAAAUAAAAUGACAGAACAAAUACUUUAAA